AUGGAGCGGCUCGUCCACGCCGCCUUGGCGCGGCUGAGCCAGGAGGAGCUGGCGCGCUGCGCGCUCUACCUGCGGAGCUCGGAGCCGGCGCGCGGCGCCCGGGCCGAGCUCCAAGGCGCAGCUGGGAGCCUGGCGCAGCGCUACGCGGGCCGGGCCGCCGAGGUGCUGAGAGAGGCGCUCCGCGACACCAGCGAGGCGCUGGCCAGGCAGGAAACGGCGGGAGCAGCGGCAGCGCCAGCUGCUGUACCGAGAACUGGUGAACAACAAACCGGGAAUCAGACAAGUGAUACAAGUUUUAAUGGAAGAAGAACUGAGCAACGUGACUAUGACGAAUUGGAUACGUAUGACAUGAGCAAAACCCGUGUGGCUUUUAUGAUGUGUGUGACAACAGGCAGGCACGGUGCAGAAAAGGAUAUUGAAGUAAUGAAUAAGUGGUUUGACAAGUACCAGUUUAAAACGCCUUCUGGACAGUGCAUAGAUCCUAAUGGGCAGGAAAUAUUGCCAGCACUGGAAGAGUUCCGGGAUCAAAUCAAUCAAUCUGAGGAUGAAAUUAGCUGCUGCCUCAUUACUCUUAUGAGUCAUGGGAGGAGUCACGGCCUCAUUCAGGGGAAAGAUGGUGACACAGUUGACCUUGAUGAUAUAUUUGCGUUAUUCAACAAUAUACAAUGCCCAAAGCUCCAAGAAAAACCUAAAAUCUUUAUCAUUCAGGCAUGCAGAGGAGGAAAAGAAGACCAUGGAGUUGAAGAGCAUGAAUCCAAGGAAGCUAAUUGUACUUAUAACUUGAUAGCUAUCAGGAGGCUGCCAACAGCUAGUGAUUACUAUGUCGUGUAUUCCACUCAAAAGGGUUAUGUUUCUUUGCGUAACACGGAAAAAGGCUCUCGGAUGAUUGAAGCAAUGGAUGAGGUCUUUUCAGAGCAAGGCAUGAAGUGGCAUAUAGGGGAUUUGUUUACUAAAAUCAAUAACAACCUGGUGCAGGAAACCUUUAGUAUCCAUGGAUGCCCUGUGAAAGAGACAAUAGUCGUGGAAUCAACUCUGACCAAAGCCGUAUACCUUGCACCGUAACUGGUUGAUCAGUGGAAGACUCACUGCCUUUUGAAUUGCGCAAAUUACAGACAGUGAAUAAAAAUAAAGUUUAAAUAGUCACCUUCUUCCAAAUUAUGGCGAAAUUCUUAGGAUGUUCCUUUUAACUAACCAGCUUUAUUACUGCAUUUUAACAGCUAUUUUCAAGAACAGCAUGUUUUUUUCAACAAAUAGUCCCAUUUUUAGAGAGCACUUUUUUACAGGAUCUUUGAAAAAACCCACUUUAGGCUCUUCUAUUUGCCUACAUUUAUAAAUAAAGUCAACCAGUACAAAAAGUUUUAUGUUGAGAAGUCACUGGCUUCUUUUCCAGUUCUCUAGAGGGCAUUUUCUCUUUCCCUGUACUACUUCUUAAAACUCCACCAUAAAAUCUACCCUAACAUCCAACAAAUCUCUUACAACAGCUUAGUCCUAAGUAUUAGCCUGGGGAGUCUGUUCUACUAGCAGCAGUAUGACAGAGUUGUUUGAAUAAUAUGUCCAGUAAUCUCAAGUGUGUGGUGAUGCAUGUCAUGCAUCUGAAGAGAAUAAUGGGCCCAACCACUCUAUUUCCAAGGCAAAAUAAGCCUGCUCUUCAAGUCCAUGGGAGUCUUUCCAUUGGUUUCAGUGGAUUUUGGAUGAAGUGCUUAAAGAGGGGUGCUGUUCAUAACAUUGGAAGGCAGAGGGAAGAUUCUUCCUAUGUUGCAUAGGAUUUACUGUAUUGGCUCAGACCAGGUACCCACUUAUUCCACAGAUUAUUUGUUAAUAUACAUUGCUUUAUCUUUACCCUGUUUAAAUUUAAUCUGUUCCCACGGCACCCAGGCCCACAACGUGUUUGGUUAUCCUGAAUUUUGUACAGUCAGUAAGUUUUAUACCAAAAUAUAUUAGUAUUAAGAAGUUGAGAUAAUUAUAAAGCCAUUACAUUAUAUAAUGGCAUAUUCUCAUCAUAAGGAAAUGUGUUCAAAUUUGGUCACUUAAUCUUUUUUUAAAAAGGGGAGGCAUAGCAGUAGUAUAUUAUCAUAUUGAACUUUACUUUUUAAACUUUAUUAUCUGUAUUUAUUUUAUUUUUAUUCUCUGUUUGCAUUUUGUACAAUUCACAUAAAAAUUGUAAAGGAAAUAGAUAUCUUGAUGCUGAAGAAAAUUCCCAAAUGUUAAAAUGUUUGAAUCUUUCCCCGAGGCUGUCUGUUCCAAUGAUCUUAUAUGUAUAUGGUUUCCUGUUUGCAUCCCUUCUCUGUUUUGCUCUGUCACAGGGGAAGAAAUGCAAGCAUAUUUUAAAAUGAAAAAUAUGGUUUCUAAUUUUGAAUUAUUAAACCAAAUUAAUCCUGUGUAACACUGGGGAGAGGGGAGUUAUUUUGGAGACAAAUUUGAUCCAUAGUUUGUUUUCUCUGCAAGGUAUUGCUGAUUUUAGUAAACCAAAGAGCCAACCUGAGGAGCCUGGUGCCUUGUGAUCUAUGGGGCUUGAGAAGCAAAAAAUGAGGAAAAAAUAGAAAGGCAUAAAAGCAGCCAGUCUAUUUUUUUUAAUCAACUGGGAAAGGAAAGAGAAUAGAAAGACAGUAGAGGAGAUGACAGAGAUGAACCAAAACAGAAACAUAAAUAAAGUGGCCCUACCU